AUGGCUCUCAAGGAGAGACUCAGGACCUGGAAGAGACUCUUCUGUUGGCUGCUCCUACUUGCACUUGGCCUCUUAGGGAUGCUCCAGUAUGGGCUCCCUAUAGUCAGGCAUCUGGAAACCCUCAUCCCCAUGGGUGUCUGCCCUUCUGCCAGAAUGGCCCUGCUGAGAGACAACUUCACAGGUCUCCUGAAUCCCUGGGCCCGGCCUGACGUCCUGACCUGUACCUCCUGGGGGGCCCCCAUUAUUUGGGAUGGCACCUUCGAUCCAGCUGUGGCCCAGCAAAAGGCUCUCCAGCAGAACCUCACCAUUGGGCUGACUGUCUUUGCCGUAGGCAGAUACCUGGAGAAGUACCUGGCGCGCUUCCUGGAGACGGCCGAGCAGCACUUCAUGGCGGGCCAGCGCGUGGUGUACUACGUGUUCACCGAGCGCCCGGCCGCCGUGCCCCGCGUGGCGCUGGCCCCGGGCCGCCGGCUGCGCGUGGAGCGCGUGGCCCGCGAGCCGCGCUGGCAGGACGUGUCCAUGCAGCGCAUGCGCACGCUGCACGAGGCGCUGGGCGGGCGGCUGGGCCGCGAGGCACACUUCGUGCUCUGCAUGGACGUGGACCAACACUUCCGCGACGCCUUCGGGCCCGAGGUGCUGGCCGAGUCGGUGGCGCAGCUGCACGCCUGGCACUACCACUGGCCGCGGCGGCUGCUGCCGUACGAGCGCGACGCGCGCUCGGCCGCCGCGCUGGCGCCGGGCGAGGGCGACUUCUACUACCACGCGGCCGUGUUCGGGGGCAGCGUGGCGGCGCUGCGCGGGCUGACGGCGCACUGCGCGCGGGGCCUGCGGCGGGACCGCGAGCGCGGCCUGGAGGCGCGCUGGCACGACGAGAGCCACCUCAACAAGUUCUUCUGGCUGCACAAGCCGGCCAAGGUGCUGUCGCCCGAGUUCUGCUGGAGCCCCGAGAUCGGCCGGCGGGCCGAGAUCCGCCAGCCGCGCCUGCUCUGGGCGCCCAAGGAGUACGCCCUGCUGCGCGACUAG